UCCUCAGAGCUGAAUAGAGCAAGGACAUCUUUUCCUUCACGUCAAUGGGAUUAGAGGAAGAAAUGCCCUCUUCAUUCUGCUGGCUGUCAUCUCAGUGCUCACAAGACAAAAUGGAAAUGCAGCAUGGACACAGGACUGAGAGAACAUCAAUUUAAGUGACAAGUUUGGAUUACAAAGCUGGUCAGUUUUUAGUUUCUUAAAUGAACAAGAAACGCGCUUCAGAUCUCAAGGGAGAUAUGAAAAUAAUCCAAAGCUGCAGGCACAGAAACAGCAUCCUGCCUGUUGUUUUGUAGCUUUCUAGAAAAUGACUUAACCCCGGGGUCACAUGAAGAGUUCAAAUGCUGCACACAGCAAUGGAGCAUCCAUCCACUUCAUUCAGUCCUUCUGUCCCGUUAUCAUCUUCACCUCCAAAACAUGGUCAGAGCAACUUCAGGAGGAUCAGCCGCACAGAGGACUGCAGCCCCUUCCCGAUUCCCGGCCUCGCAGCAGACAUCCUGCACAUGCGAGUAAAAGAGGGAAGCAAGAUCCGAAAUUUACUUCGGUUUGCAACGGCUCGCAUGCAAGCCGAGGCAAGAGACAGCAAUGGGACAUCCCUGAGACAAGUGGUCUUCAGUGGUUCAGGUAGGGGAGUCACCAAGACCAUCACCUGCGUGGAGAUCCUGAAACGUAAAGUGGGAGGGCUGCAUCAAGUGUCCAAACUCUACUACAAGACAGUAAAUGAGGUUUGGGAGAGUCCACAACAGGAAGCACCAGGUAUAACCAUGGAGAGGACAGUCCCUGCCAUCUGCAUCCUGCUCUCUAAAGACCCUCUGGAUCCCUGGGAGUCUGGAUACCAACCCCCACAAACCCUCAGUUCGUCCACAGAGGACGCAGAGAGACGCGGAGGUCUGCUGAGGACGGCUCAGAGUCCCACCUCACAGCAGACGGCCAAGAGACUCUGUCUGGAUGACUGGAGUGUAUGUCCUCCCUGAUCUGAAACAUUGGGAGAAAUAUCAGAAAAUGCACAUUUGCAGGCAGCUUGACAAGAAAUUAUUCUAGCAUGUUUUAUAAAGAAAGUAAAUCCUUUGCAUUUCAGUUUAUGUGACACAGUUUACUGCAAAAGUGAAACAACUAUCUCUGACUGCGAUGGCUGAAAAGAAUAUUACUCUCUCAAUCAGUAAUCAUCUCUGUUGUAUCAGUAUACAGCUAAACUGCAAAUAGGAAGGUAAAAAUAACUUGGAGCUAAAUUACUGCAUGUCGAGGUAUUCUCUUUUGCAACAUUUUGUAACUUUGUUAUGCAAAGAAAUGCGUGUAUACAGACUUUUAUCAGCAGCAAUAUAAAUUGUCACAUUAGUAGUUACAUAUAGAUUAUACUGGAGCUUAUUCUGAUAAAAAAAUGUCAACAAAGCACUGCAAAAGUACACAAUGUUGGUCGCACUCAUUGUAAUUAUAAACAGAGUCUGUGCCAAUGAUCUUAUUCUGUUUUCUUUAUUUUUGGAAAUAAUUCAGAUACAUGAUAAUAGAUCAUAAAACCAUAAAGUGUUG